AUGUUGAAUCUCGCCUUCCAUCAACAAGAUUUUGCCGUUAAAGCAGCGUGGACUUUUACAAGCUCUGGUCAUGGUAAGAGCCCAUGCGAUGGACUCGGCGCUGUUGUAAAAUCAGCAGCGCGGACAAAUUUACUAAAGCAAGGUCCUGAAGCAGCAUUUUGUUCAGCGAAAGACUUUUACCAAUUCACACUUGAGAAGACCAGCCGAAUAUUUCGUUCAACAAAACCUGGGCUUCAUAGUCAGACAUCUAACUCUGCUAUUGAUUACAUUGAAAACGACUCAACUGAUGAAGAAACUGAUUUAACAAUCUCACGUCCCACCAGAUCAAUGGAAGUAAAAUGGCUGGACAAAGAAGAAGUAGAAGAAACAUUCCGUAACGUAUUGAAGACGCGAUGGACGAAACUCGCGACGAAAGGAGAAUCUAAUGAAGCUUAUUUUAUUUGUAAUUUUAAUUUAAAUCAAAAAUGUUCAAAUGUAACAGAAAAAAUUCGUCAAUGGAAAUUAUCUCCAGCAGUAACAUUUCAUUUUGAUAAUAAUUUUGAUAAUGGUGCUUAUUACUAUUAUAAUACUCAAUCUAAUAUGAAUUAUGAACAUACAAUUAUUUAUAUUGGAGAAAAUUUAACAAUACCAAUUCAUUCCAUUCCUGGUGUAUCAACACUUUCAACUGGACCAGUUGCGUUUGCUAAUGGAAUUAAUUAUAUUGAUAGAGAACGUAUUAUGAAAUGUUGUCGUCAAGAUGGUCUCAUUUUACAACUUUCAAAACCUUUAACUAUGAUUGAUUUAUUAAUUAAUGAUUGGGCUAAUUAUUAA